UCAAUAAGACGCUCCACACCACACUCUGCUUCGUCUUCGACUUGAAACGGAUAGACAGAGCAGAGCAGAGCAACCGCAACUGCAGUUGAGUUGGGUUGGGUUGGGGGGCUCGCCGAUGCUAACCUCACUCCGCGGGUGACAAGAAGAUGCUCGCCCUCACAGCCAGCCCCGCACAACCACCAAUGCCCUCGAAGAGCAGCGCGCCAAGGCGUUUCGGAAUCUUGUGCGCUGGCGCUGGGUUCCCUCCCUUCCUCCCCAAAGAAGUCGAAAAUAUCAAAGACCCAUCCGCUCGUAAGCUCGCCUCCAGGAUUGAGAGACUGCCUGUAACUGUCAGCUUCUCGGAGGGUUGUAUAAUGAGUAGUUGCGUGAGGCCGUUGACAAAGAGCAAGACAAGUCCGGUGGUUCUUCUGCAUGGUUUCGACAGCUCCUGUUUAGAAUGGAGGUAUACGUACCCGUUGCUCGAAGAGGCUGGUAUAGAGGCUUGGGCUGUAGACAUUCUUGGUUGGGGUUUCUCUGAUCUGGAAAGGCUUCCACCGUGUGAUGUGGCAUCCAAGCGCGAACAUUUUUAUCAGCUAUGGAAGUCAUACAUCAAAAGGCCGAUGAUUUUGGUUGGACCAAGCCUUGGUGCUGCUGUUGCAAUUGACUUUGCAGUCUACCAUCCGGAAGCUGUUGAAAAGCUGGUUUUAAUUGACGCAAGUGUGUAUGCAGAAGGCACAGGAAAUCUAGCAAAUUUACCAAGAGUCGCAGCAUAUGCUGGGGUAUAUUUAUUGAAGAGCAUCCCACUGCGCUUAUAUGUAAAUUUGUUGGCCUUCACUGACAUCUCAUUUAGUACCAGCUUAGAUUGGGCUAAUGUGGGCCGCUUGCAUUGUCUAUUGCCUUGGUGGGCAGAUGCAGCUGUGAAUUUUAUGAUUAGCGGGGGUUAUAAUGUUCGUGGUCAGAUAGAACAGGUAAAGCAAAAGACACUUAUCAUAUGGGGUGAGGAUGACCAGAUCAUUAGCAACAAACUUGCAGUGAGACUGCACUGUGAACUGCCAAAUGCAAUUAUACGACAAAUACCAGAUUGUGGCCACAUCCCUCAUGUGGAAAAGCCAAACGCAGUUGCCAGAUUGAUUUUGGAACAUGCGCAAGAAGAUUGUUAUAAAGAGAUUGAAUGUGUUCCCUAAUAUUGAAG